GGCGGCGAAGGGCCGAACCAGUAAAGCAGCGUAGUCGAAUGGGAAUGAACGCGAUGGAAGCAGAGGCCCCCGAGGGCGCCGUUAAGUACCGUCUAGUGGAGGCUGAGGAGGUGAGCGAUAAGACGCAGACCGCUGCCGCUUCGCGCGCCCUCAAGCCUAAGCGCAAGGGCAAACUCAACUGGUCGCAGUUCCCGAUGGAAGGCGAGGACAACGUGGUGGCUCCCGAGGGCGACAAUACUCAGGUGGACACAGUAGCAACCGCUGCAGCCGAUGUGCGGACGCGUGGAGGACAGCAACAGGGACGUCGUGGCCCACGCAGCGGAGGACGCUUCGGAGGACGUCGUCAACAGGGAGACAGCAACGGCACCUACGUUAAUGGUGUGUACGUGCCUACGCCUGACCUCAAGGUGACUGCCCAAUGGGCCAAGAACCAAAUUGAAUUCUACUUUACGUCGGACAACCUAGUGCGCGAUAUCUUCUUGCGUCAACACAUGGAUGUGGACGGAUUUGUCCCGCUAGCCUUUGUGGGAAGCUUCCAGGCAGUCUACUCGGUCCACCAGGACUACGAGUCUCUUCUGGAGGCCAUGAAGCAGUCGGAAACGGUGGAACUGGACGAACAGAACGAGAAGAUUCGGCUCCGUCAAGGAUGGCAGAUGUGGGUCUGGCCUAAUGCGGAGGGUGGGUAUGGUGUACCGCGGUACAUCAAGCUCGCGGAGGAUGAAGCGCUCGCGGACGAGAAGACGGCAUAGAUACUUUUCAGUAGUAAGAAAAACUGAGACGAUGGCAUGACGCGACGAGGCGAAAGUAUGGACAGCGAAGCACAUUUUCGGAUUGAGGACAGGAAGCUGCGUCGGAGACGGAGACUCGAGUGCCGGGCGCAUGACAGGAUCCUGCAGUUACUGUUUAGACGCUUAGCCCGUCGACAACAGGGAAAGCCGAGAAGAAAAAAAAGUAGACUAAGCAACGAUUACAUAGACACGAACAAAAAAAAA